AUGGCUUACCGAAUCGCACACACUUCCGCAGCUGGCGUCGCGACUUGGAGUCUCUGUCGCCUCAUGAAUCCUCGUCGCCGAGAGCCGUGUUUUUGUGAGCCUGUGGCCAGCACGCCGACAUUUCAGAAGCGCCCGCUGCGAGUCAUGUCUCAGAAUGUUUGGAAUUCCUUCUUCGCAGGUGGUCCCGAGAGAAAGGCAAGGCUAGUGGCACUCGGAGAAGAGUUGGAGCGACUCUGCGUGGACGUCGUCAUCGUGCAGGAGAUGUUCGUUUUCGGUUUUGGACCCUUUUGCGUACAGGGCGAUGCAGAGGACGCCCGUCAGCUGUUGUUGCAGCUAGGCUUCGUGCAUCAAACCUCUCCGACAGCGACGCGGCCAUUUCUUGGACAAAGUUCUGGCCUUGUCGUAUACUCGAAAUAUCCAAUCAAGAAGGAGCAGCAUGAGACGUUCGCAUCUCGUCGCUCUGUCACAGCUAAAGGUUGGCUGGAAGUGGUGAUCGAUUUAGGAUCACCCGACGGCAGCGAGGCUCGAGAGCUGCUCAUCUUCAACACUCACCUGGAACAUUCGCACCAUCCUCGCUGGGUGCGUGUCCGGCAAGACCAGUGCAGACAGCUCAUGCGGCGCACCAGAGAGGUGCUUGCAGAAGAAAGCGCGAGCAGCACUGCCUAUGCCAUGGUGGUAGGCGACUUUAACGUCUGCAGCAACGAGUUCGGACAGCAGCUGGACGGCUUGGCAGAGUUCCGAGCCUUGCAUUUUGCUAUGCAGUCUGCCGGCUUCCCUGCCGAGUUGCCGCAGUCGUUCGAUGCGGAGCGACCAGGAACGCUUCGGCUACCUCCAGAGAGUGGACUUCGAUGUACUCCAGAUCACAUGUUUGUCACCUACAAGCUGAAGGACUGCUGUGUUAGUUCUUCGGUCGCGGACACGCGAGACCGGAAUGGACUGGAGGUCUCCGACCAUCUGGCUCUGAUUGCCGAGUUCCUGAUACCACUAUGA